AUGAGUCCACACUGGAUGCCUCAGAUGACAAGUCUGUACCAGACUCCGACAGUGCAGGGGGAGAGGCGACCGGCUCCUCCCACAGCAUCUUUCUCGCUACGAUUUCUGGGGCCCAGGUAAGUGUGUCGGGUUCUGGUGACGAUACAAAAAUCUUGGAUCCUCGGGGUUUACCCCUGUUUGAUCCAGAGGAUUUGAGAUAUCUGCAUUCAGUGGAGUGGUGCCCUUCUGAACAUAUGGCGAAAUACAUCGCCUCUAGAGUCUGUAAACCCUUGGACACGACUACACAGAAUAAGUUAUGGGUAGAAUGCCCUCGCACUACUGUCCUUAAUAAUGCAUGUAAAACGCCUAUUGUAGACCCCAAAAUCAUCAAGUUUUUGGGAAAAACUGGAUGGAAACCCAGAAAGGGUUUGGAUUUUUUGUUGACCCACUGUCAGGAUAAAUUUCUGGACAGAUUAGGCCUUGCUGCCAAAAUUUUUGAUGCGGUCGAAGACGACCGAGAUCUGGAUCGAGACACCAUACGCAGUUGUAUCCAACGUAUUAUUUGCCUGGUUGGCAAUGUAAAUUCUGUGAUUGCUACUGAGCGACGCAAAUCCAUCCUACUCAAAAUUGAACCCAAGCUGGUCAAUUUAGCCCUUAGUAAACCAGGUGCCCAAGCUAAAGGGUUACAAUUUGGUGACUCUUUUGUUAAGGAGUUGGGGUUGUUUGUCCACACAUUUACAGCUUUGGAUAAAGCCCAAAGUAAUAUGAGGAAAAUUGUUAACCCAAAAUGUUUUGCCGGGGCCGGAAGAGAAAGAAGCCGUCUGUCCGGUACUUAUAGACAGAACUCCUAUUCAGGACGAGCUGAUUUUCAGGAACAAAGAACAUCACCAGCUGUCUUCCAACAGAGAGGCAGACCCUGGGUCGCAAUCAAGAAGCACCUUCUGGAAGACGACCUUAUG